AAACUCUCUCCUUUGCUGAGCUGGGCUCAGCUGACUGCUGUUAGGCUGCAAGGUGCCACUAGCAGCUGACCAGACAUCCAGCUGUUUCUGAAGGAGAGAAUCACAUCUGUCUUAAGGCACCACAUACACAAGCCACGCUGAUUGCUGCCACUGGAACGAUCUGUAUGCCAUUUUGGUCAACCCAGAAGAGCACUAUAAUAUACAGUGACAACACCAGAUCUAAAUCAAGAUGUCCCUGGGACGUAGCACUUUAUUCCUUUUGGUGGCUGCUGUGGGAUCAGUGUCCGGAGGUGGACCAGCUGGAGGAGCAUACCCUCAAAUGAAAUACAUGAAUCCAAUGAUUAAAGGACCUUUGGGUCCACCCUUCAGAGAGGGUAAAGGACAAUAUUUAGAUAUGCCCCCAGUGCUUCCAAUGGGACUUAAAGGAGAACCUGGGCCAGAAGGAAAACCUGGCCCAAGGGGACCACAAGGACCACUGGGACCCCCAGGGAAACCAGGAGUUGGAAAACCUGGCUUACAAGGACAACCAGGCCCUGCUGGUCCUCCUGGCUUUUCCAGUAUUGGGAAACAUGGUUUACCUGGAAUGCCUGGUAAAAGUGGACCGAAAGGAUUACCUGGCUCAAAAGGAGAACCUGGAACGAGGGGUGAACAUGGACCUAGAGGGUUGCCUGGUUCUCCAGGUAUUCCUGGUCCUUCAGGAAUCUCUACUAAUGGAAAACCAGGUGUGCAAGGUGCCCCCGGACAACCAGGUUUUAGGGGUGAACCAGGGUCAAAGGGUGAACCAGGACUUCAUGGAGAGAAAGGUGGUAAAGGAGAACCGGGGAUUGGGAAGCCAGGAAUUGCUGGAACUCGAGGAGCUACAGGCCCAGUGGGGCCCAUGGGACCAUCUGGGCCACCAGGGAAUGGCAAACCAGGCCUUGUUGGCUUACCUGGGGCUCAUGGAGACAAAGGAGAUGUAGGUCCACCUGGGGCAACUGGUGUAGGGGGAUUGCCUGGACCUCAGGGUCCACCAGGAAAACCUGGAAUUGAUGUCAUUGGUAAACCAGGCUUAGAUGGAUUACCAGGAUUACAAGGACCAUUGGGUCCUAAGGGGGAACCAGGCUUUCGAGGUUUGCCAGGUUUACCAGGGUCACCAGGAUAUGGAAAGCCUGGUUUACCUGGUUUGAAAGGGGAUCGAGGACCUUCUGGGAUGCCAGGUGGAAUAGGAGAGAAAGGAGAGCCAGGUGUAGAUGGUGAAGUAGGUGAACAAGGGGCACAGGGAAUUAUUGGGCCACCAGGACUACCUGGGUUAAUGGGAUUACCUGGAAAAAAUGGUUUGCCUGGCUUGAAAGGUGACGUAGGACCUACUGGUCCUCCCGGUUCAUCAGGACUACCAGGAAACCAGGGUCCCAAUGGAUUUGUAGGUAAACCAGGGAUACCUGGUGAAAGGGGUCUUCCAGGACCCCAGGGACAUCAAGGGCCAACUGGACCAAAGGGAGAGGGUGGAUUAAAGGGACUUCCAGGUGUGCCAGGUCAGGUAGGUGGUCCAGGGUCUAAAGGAGAAGGAGGGAUUCCAGGACAACCAGGUCCUAGAGGUCCAGCAGGCAUUCCUGGACUGCAGGGGUCAUUGGGCCCAUUAGGCCCACAGGGGCUACCAGGUCUGAAGGGGGAGCCUGGCCUACCUGGACUACCAGGCAAUAGCAUAAAUGGUGUACCAGGCCCUAUUGGCCCCAUGGGCCCACCUGGAGUUUUAGGUCCUCCUGGUUUAAAUGGGCAGCCUGGGCUGCCUGGUCCACCUGGCCCACCUGGUCCACCAGGAAUAUAUGGUGAUGGAACCAUUGCUGGUCUACACUUGCCUGAAGGAGGUGUGGAAGGAGGUUCUGUUGGGAACAACAAACCUGAAAAGCCUCAGUACGGCACUGGAGAACUGUCUGCAAAAAUAGCCCCUGCAUUCACUGCCAUCCUGACUACACCAUUCCCUCCAUCUGGCAUGCCCAUAAAAUUUGAGAGGACUUUGUACAAUGGUCACAAUGGUUAUAAUCCUCUUACUGGAAUAUUUACUUGUACCGUGCCUGGAAUCUAUUACUUCGCUUACCAUGUACACGUAAAAGGCACCAACAUCUGGGUUGCUUUGUAUAAGAACAAUGUACCUGCUACCUACACUUAUGAUGAAUAUAAGAAGGGUUAUAUGGACCAAGCUUCUGGAAGUGCAGUACUAGAACUUAAGGAAAAUGACCAAGUUUGGGUUCAGAUGCCUUCAGAUCAAGCCAAUGGAUUAUACUCAACAGAGUACAUUCAUUCUUCUUUCUCUGGCUUCCUCCUCUGUCCUACAUAAUGGACACACAUUUCCACCCUUAGUUAUAAACUAUCUUUUAAAAAAUUACAUGCAAAACAAAUGGAAACUUAUCUAUACCUACAUAUAUAUCCACUGGGGAAAAAGCACAGAGAAGACAUGAAUACUUGUUUGAGGGGUCAAAUUGAAGCAAGACCUUUCUAAGUUCCUCUUCUGACAAAGUUUGCAUUAAGGUCACAUUCUUACAUAGUGACCUAAACAGGACAGGCCUGCAAGCUUCUGGCACAGAAGGCCAUACCAUGCAAUUUGAUGUUCUUCAUCUUAGAACAUUAUAGGAUUUUCAGAUGUUCCAAAGUAUUGUGUUUCCUUCUUUGUAAUUUAUCUGUAUCUGCGACAUAUGUUGAAUAGUAUUGUAGUUGUGAAAACACUGCACUUACACUUAGCGCAAUGAUGAUGGUUCUGCCAGGUUGAUCAUGGUUUCAGACUUUCUGUAUUCUGACUAUUAAGAAAUGUACACU